GCCGCACUCGGACCCGCCUCCCCGGGCACUCUGGGUAAAGCCGCGCCGGGCUGUCCCAAACGCUAAAAUGGCUGAGAAGCAGAAAUACGAAGGUAGGGUCAAAAUAGGGCACUACAUCCUGGGAGACACGCUCGGAGUCGGCACCUUCGGAAAAGUCAAGAUCGGAGAGCACCAGCUCACAGGACACAAGGUCGCAGUGAAAAUCCUCAACCGGCAGAAGAUCCGCAGCCUCGAUGUGGUCGGAAAGAUCAAGCGGGAGAUUCAGAACCUCAAGCUGUUCCGGCACCCACACAUCAUCAAGCUGUACCAGGUGAUCAGCACACCUACAGACUUCUUCAUGGUGAUGGAGUACGUAUCAGGAGGAGAGCUCUUUGACUAUAUCUGUAAGCAUGGAAAGGUGGAGGACACAGAGGCAAGGCGCCUCUUCCAGCAGAUCAUCUCCGCCGUGGAUUACUGCCACCGCCACAUGGUCGUCCACCGUGACCUGAAACCUGAGAACGUGCUACUGGAUGGCAGCAUGAAUGCCAAGAUCGCCGACUUUGGGCUCUCCAAUAUGAUGUCUGAUGGAGAGUUCCUCAGAACGAGCUGUGGAUCCCCCAACUAUGCAGCUCCUGAGGUCAUCUCUGGCAGGCUGUAUGCAGGCCCUGAGGUGGAUAUCUGGAGCUGUGGGGUGAUCCUGUACGCCCUGCUGUGUGGGACCCUGCCCUUUGACGACGAGCACGUGCCAACCUUGUUUAAGAAGAUUCGAGGAGGGGUUUUCUACAUGCCUGAGUACCUCAACCGCUCUGUGGCCAGCCUGCUGAUGCUGAUGCUGCAGGUGGAUCCUCUGAAGAGAGCCACCAUAAAAGACAUCAGGGAGCACGAGUGGUUCAAACAGGAUCUGCCUGGCUACCUGUUCCCCGAGGACCCUUCUUACGAUGCCAACGUGAUCGACGAGGAGGCGGUGCGGGAGGUCUGCGAGAAGUUUGAGAGCACCGAGUCCGAGGUGAUGAGUAGCCUGUACAGCGGAGACCCACAGGACCAGCUGUCUGUGGCGUACCACCUGAUCAUCGACAACCGCCGCAUCAUGAACCAGGCCAGCGAGUUCUACCUGGCCUCCAGCCCGCCGACCGGCUCUUUCAUGGAGGAAGGCAUGCCUCUGCCCCCAGGGGUCAAGCCCCAUCCUGAGCGCAUGCCGCCACUGCUGGCAGACAGUCCCAAGGCCCGCUGCCCUCUGGACGCCCUGAACACCACGAAGCCCAAGCCGCUGGCCGUGAAGAAGGCCAAGUGGCACCUGGGCAUCCGCAGCCAGAGCAAACCCUACGACAUCAUGGCGGAGGUGUACCGGGCCAUGAAGCAGCUCGAGUACGACUGGAAGGUAGUCAAUCCCUAUCACCUGCGGGUGCGACGGAAGAACCCAGUCACAGGGAACCUGGUGAAGAUGAGUCUACAGCUCUACCAAGUGGACAAUCGCAGCUAUUUGCUGGACUUUAAGAGCAUUGAUGACGACGUCACAGAGCAGAAGUCGGGCUCCUCCACUCCGCAGCGCUCUGGCUCAGCCGCAGGACUCCACCGGCCGCGGCUCAGCAUCGACUCGGCCUCUCCUGCCGUGGAGGUGCCCCUGCUCAGCAGCUCGCUGCCAGGCUCCUUCACGGGCUGCGUGCCACUGCUCGCCCCGCGCCAGGGCAGCCACACCAUGGACUUCUUUGAGAUGUGCGCCAGCCUCAUCACCACACUGGCACGCUGAGCUGCCCAGUCGAGCUGCCCUGCCGGCGUCCUGAUUGGCCAGAGACUGCCUGGCACUAGGGGGCUAUUCCUGGAGUAGUAUCUGUGGUAAACCAAUCAGCCGUACCCCCCACCCCCUCCGUGUUCACUGAAUGCCAGCUAUAGCAAUACAUUGGCAUAUUACCCAGUGAGGUUGCAAAUCUAUUCAUUUAGUAUUUCUUGUUUCACAUAUAUAAAUAUGUGUAUGUAUGUAUGUAUGUAUGUAUAUUUAUAUUAUUUACCAUAGCCUCCUAACAUUACUAUUUAGAUUUCUCACCAGAAAUGAAAUACACACAUGAAAAAAGUUUUUAUUUAUUUUUAACAUGUUUUAUAAGUGCUUUAUGUAAGUAUUAUACUUUCAGCUUUCAGGCUUUUAUCUUGUGUUGUGCAGCAAUUUGUAUUUAUAGCGCCUUGCCCUAUAUGGUCAGUAGGGAAGCCCAGUCAGCCAACACAGGCCGGCUGAGCGCGGCCGGCGCCGCCCGUGUCCCAUGAUGCACCCCAGCUCCCACAGCUUGCCAUUAUCAGCAGCAGGUAAACCAGAACAGUGAGACUGGGACCUGGUAAAUAACUCCUACCUUGAUGAAUCAGUCCAGUCUGGUUGCAUGGUCAGAAUCACAUUUUGUCAGACGUCCCAUUCGCAAAUCUGUCAUUUAACCGGUUGGCUUGUUUCCGGAUGCUGUGACAACAUCUAAAGACGCUUGGCACAAAACGUGCGGCCAGGUGCCGUGGAUGCGGCCUGCAGUAAUCCUGACGCUCCAUAUGAGCUGAGGUGGUGCAGCGGAGUAGUAAAGCGCUGGACAUAAGCUGUAAUCUCCAAAAGCUCUGCAGAAGUGCGACCAGCUCGGGCUGAUAAGAUUCAGCAGCUUUGGCUGGAGCAGAUGAGCAACUAAUCUCUUAUACCCAGUCUCAUUUAAGGUGAGGAGCGGAAAAAUCCCCCGGAGAAUGGCCACUCCCACCUUCCAAGCCACACAGGCUGGGGGGGGGGGGGGGGCAGAGCUGGAAUGAGCUUUGGGAUGGGAGGCUGUGCAUUUGGCCCAGCGCUGCUAGACUGUCCCCGGACAGGCUGAGACAGACUCCUGCCAAUGUAAAGACCACAGAAGUGUCUGUUAAGUCAGAUAAGCAGCCUGUAUCAGAGCAGCAAGGCUGCACAAUAUGCACAUUCUGUAUAUCAGCACAUUAAAAGAAAUGAGGCAUAAAUAAGCAUAUAUCAUCUUUUCAAGGAUUUAGCUGAAGACAGGUGCUGCAAAAAUGGUGGUUGUUAGUCUGUAAAUAGUAUUAAAACUGUCUGGUGUAUUUGCUAAGAUUGGGAAUCGCUGUCAGCAUCCGGCUGGUGUUGUGGUUUGGGGUGUUAGCAAGUAGCAUUGGAAACAGCUAAGGUAACAUCGCCUUCACGUUAAACCACAGAAACAUCUUCGCUGUUGCCUUAACACACUUUUUUUAUUUAUUUUUUUUAUUGAACUUCUGUGGUGGGACAUAUUUUAUGUUAGAACUCCGUAUUAGUGCAAUAUUUCACACGACCUCACUCUUCGGAAGUUACUGUGAAUCGGGGUGAGACGCGGGUGAGCGCUCAGCAGUGGCGUUUUGGUGCCAACGUGGUUGCUGGUGCUAUAACCAAACCGUAGAAAUGAGGAACAGAGCAGCCCUGUGGCCAGUGAAAGGUUAAUUUCUCUUCCUUCCGUCUUUGGAAAAAGCCUUGGAGUCACAUCACUGGCUUUGUCUGAGAGGCAGUCAGGUGGUCCCAGCUGCAAAAAAAAGAGCGGGACAGGCGAUCACUCAUCCGUGCGUCAGUUCCUGCCGUCUCCUUUAAUGGCUGCUCGCAGUACAUGGCCAGACCGGUUGUCCCUGCGUGAGCUCUGUGUAUUCCUCUGGUACCGCUUCAUGUGUGUUUCUUGUGUAUGCAGUGGUGGAUUCUUGUCUUGGAUCCUCGUGCACAACUGUGGCUCUUUUUAAAAACCAUGUUGAUUUUGUACUUGGAAGUAAAGUCUCAUAUUUGCCACCUACAAAGGAAUGUAUAAACCUCGUGAAAUUGUCAGUGAAGCACGCUGUGGGUGUCUGACGGGCCGCGGAUCCUCAGGGCUCUGUCUUGCGGCCUUCCUACACCAUGUUCUCCAAGUCUACACUAAACGCUCCCACUGCGUCGUCUUGCUGUUUGGUUUUCCCCACUCUUCAUGCAGGACCUGUGACGUACUCUGUGACUUGACCUGCUUAUUGUGUCUUGUGGGUGUGUGGGAGUCUGAAUGGGCUUUGUGUGUCUUGGUAAACUGUAAAAAAUGCAGCCUCAGCAUGCACAAAAACUGAAUGAGAUAUCUUACUGCAGCGUGUCAGCAUAAAUUGUGCCACCUGCUGCUGAAAAAAUGCAAUUACACUCAAUUACAGUACAAUAACAUGAUUACAGGUUACAAUCAUUGUAGAUAACACAAAUGAUAUAUAAAAUGAUAUAUAAAACAAAAAAAAAACUAACUAAAUAACUGAGCUGUAUGUUUGUGAACGAUGUAGGGUGUUUUCUGCUAAUUCACUUCCUGAAAACUAUUUCUAGGUAUUCUGUGAAUCCUUACUUGACGUUCUGUUAUCUAAUUCCGUUUUUGUGAUGAGGACGUUGAGGCUCUCUUAUUCAUAAACCGUGUCUUUGGGUCUGAGGAAUGCAUGCUUUAGAGUCGCACAGUGAAGACACUUGCUGUCACGUAAUGUCCACUGUGCCCAGAAAACAUGUUUGUAUUUGAUCUUCUGUGUGGAUUUUAGCUGUACAAUCUGCAGUGAGUACACAAUAGAUGGUUCUGGGGUGCAUUUCCCAAAAGUUUUGUGACAUUAAGUACGUUAUCGUACUAAAGAUCUUUAGUUGAUUAGUGAGUCUUUCUCAAAACCCUUUGUAACAACUAAAGUAGUUAAGUUGACAUAAAUUUGUAAAUUUAACAAGUGAACUGACCGAAUUAUUUUAAUGAAGUCGUACUUCAUUUCAGUUUUUGCCUGCUGUUCUGUCACAGAGAGACAAAGGUCGCCGUAAAUGGAUCACAGAAAAAUACACACUGGAGGUCUUUUUUGGACAACGUGAUAAUAAUAAUAUUUGGCCAAGGUUGCAAUAUAAAAUUGUAAUUGUAAUGUAGGUUAUAAAAUAUAGCAAAAAGGGCUCUUUGAAGUUGUUACAGCUCUAUGUAAAUUUAGUAUUUACCAGGGUUGUGCAUCAUUCAGAACUAAAUUGAGAAUAUCCCCUGAAAUUUAAUUCAUGAAUUUCUGCAGUGGGUAACUGGAUGCAGAAUUGCAAUUUGAAUUGAAUGAAGUAGAAUAAAAAUGGAAUUGAAUUCACAUAAAUUAAUAUAAAUUGUGUGUAUGCUUAAUAUUUCAAUGUGAAUUACACAAGCAUGUUAAAAUACACAGCAUAUAAUGUUGCAGUAAAAAUGGUAUUCAGAAUGAAAGAAUGCAACAUUAGAAGAGCUUAUAAUUUAAGUAAUUUUGUGUACCAUCGUGAAAGAGCACUUCAUACAGUAAUCAAGUAUCCCUAUCCAUCAGACAACCCACAGGUACUCACGUAAAAAGCUACUGAAUACUCAAAAAAAUGCUGCCAUGCAUAAAUGGUUAAAUCUGAAAAAACUAAAAUUAUUUGCCCAUGGAAAAUGACGUAGUGGACCAUCUAAACCAAAUGUAUAUUACAAUACAAUAAGAUAAAAGUUAUAUAUAAUUUUAAAAGUUAUACAUAAUUUUAAAAGUUAUACAUAAUUAAACGUUACCCACUCAUACCUAUAUAAACUUAGUAUAUACAUCUACCCUCUAGGAAAUAAGUCUAAUAUAUGAUUAUUUUCAUUUUGCUAUAUUAAAUCAUAUGUGAUUUCAUUGAAUUUCUUUGAAGUGAAAUCAAUGAAUUUUCUUCCUGUCAUUGUCAUGUCAAUUCAAGUCAGGUAGGUUUAUUUGUCAUUUUAGCCAUAUACACAGUAUAUACUGUAGUGAAACGAAGCAUUGUUUCUUCAGGGCAAAAGCGCACAAAAAAGGACAGAAACGACACAGGAGUACACAACUGCAAUAUACAGGACUAGACAACAUACAGUGCAGUCGACAGUAGUAACUGUGCUGGUCUGAGAUGGAUGCUUGAAUAAAUAGUGUUAUUACAGAAACGGUAUUUAUGACUUAUACUGUAUUUUAGCAGCAGCAAGAUGCCAAUAAAUAGUAAAUAAACAGUAAAUAAAGAGUAGAAACAGCAGCAGCAGCACAGAGAGUGCAUGCAACAACACAAUUCUGCUGCCUUCACAAGUUCUCGGGGGUCCAAGAUUUUCCCCCGAAUGCUUCUGUGCUGCACAACAUUGCAGUAAUUAUUGAAUUAUUAAAAUGUUUUCUCAUGUGUUUGCUGCGGAGGAGCCAGCUAAGAAUUAUAAAUUCAUUGGUUAAAGCUUUUGGGAAACAUUCACAUAACUCGCUUCUUUACCUACGUUGUUAGUUAUCUUGUGUGUUAUUUACCAAGGUCAGUCAUUUUUGGGAGAUGCACCCCUGACUGGUUACAUGUCUGAUGUGUUAAUCACUGUUCCUCUCGGAUUUUUGUUUUGCUUGUUCUGAAUGAUUCUCAGUACCAGUGUCAUCUCACACCCCAGGUUUUGAACUCGAAUCCUGCCUCCACUCCAAGUGUGUAGUUUGUAUUGUGUUGUAAGGCUGUCCUCUCGCUGUUUGGUUAACUGGCAUCUCUAAGCAGCCCAUUGUGUGAGCCUUGUCUGGCAUCCCAUCCAGGACGCACCGUGGGCCUUAUCCCCCCUCAGUCUGGUAUGAAGGGUUGGAAGAUGGACGGAUUUUUCUUUGUACUGCACUGCAUGGUGUUGCUGUUCUGAUUUGCACUUUAUCCAAUAUUCAUUGAGAAAACACAGUCCUGUUAUAUUUUUGUGACAUUAUGAAUUAAGCCAAAUGCUGUUUUGGUGCAAAAUUAAAUGCUAAUAAUUAUAUAUAUGUAUAUAUAUUUGUGUGAAUGUGUAUAUACGUGGUACUAUAUUUCACCAUAAGCAGCGGUUCAGGUCCAGAGAGUACAAAUCCAGACCAAGAUUUUUUUCUCAACCAACCAGUUGAGUAUAGCGUCACAGUCAGAGUACUCAGCUGUUGGUUGAAAUAAAACCCCGGUUUGGAUUUGUACUUUCUUGACCUGAACUUUACACCUCUUAUCAUGGCACUAUUGUACUACGGACCUGGGCAAACUGGUGUUAUGGAAUAUUUCCAUGUUGCCCUCGGUAGAAACUGUCAUCACUGACAGGAGCUGUAACGUUUGUUACAUAUGGGAUUGCAUGGAGGCUCACUGGGUGGCACUGCUGUCUCAUACACAACCUAGAAAUCCCGUCUCUGUCCUUUAAGUGUCACAGGGAAAAUCUGCAGACUCCACUGUCAUAUGAGUUUCCUGUGUCUUCCUGCGGUCUAAAGACAUGCAAUCAGGCUAUUAGAGGUGGGAUUCAAACCCACCGCCAUAUAGGUAUGAGGCAACAAUGCUCACCAGUGUCACCAAAACAUGUUUUUAUUUAAUUCUCAAAUUCAUAUGCAAAAUAUCUCCAACAGUGAGGUCAAUGAACAUUACGAUUGACCAUUUCCAGUGAAGUUCCGCUCCACUGAUGUUCCUUGUGUUACAUAUUCAUGGCACCUGAGGAGUUUUGAGGCUGUCCGGAUGUUCCUAGUAAAUCCUAAAAUCUCUCGUUAAUUUUAAAGGCUUAAAUUGCCUAAAGCUAACCCCAUAAAUUGCUGAGUCACUGUGGCCAAAGACAUACUGUAUGACUCAAAUUAAUGUGGCGGAAGGGGUUAGGGACCUUAGACAGGACCACGGCACCUGAAGCAAAGUAACCCGACCAGCUCCGAUAUCAGGGGCAGUCAAGAGGCAGCCAAAUCCCGAAAACAGGAUUUACGAGAGAGUACUGUUCUGGAGCCCACACCUUUUCGAUCAGAAGAAAGCCAAUUUUCCCAUCUGUGAAUAAAAGAAAUGCUCAUAUAAAA